AUGUCUGCGCCUCCACCUUUGCAUCGGCGGCAUUUGCUGCUGUGCGGAGUGCUGGGCGGCGCAUCAGGGCUGCUGGCAGCCUACGGUCUCAAUGCCUAUCGAGACCGAGGGGUCGAGGUCCUACGCAGAUAUGCAGAGGCUAGGCGAGAAAAGCUGCCACUGAAGAUUAUACUAGUUCGACAUGGCCAAUCAGAAGGGAACCUUGACAAGACGCUGUUCAAAACGAAGGGCGAUAACCUCAUGGAACUCACUGAGUUGGGGAGCAGACAGGCGGUGGCUGUGGGCAAGCGUGUCAAGAAGGUUGUACAUGAUGAGAAGGUGCACUUCUACGUUUCUCCUUUUCAACGAACGUUGCAAACGGCCAGAAACAUGAUCUUCUCCGCUUUCGAUCCUUACCAGGUUGUAGAUGUCUCUGUGGAUCCCAGAAUUCGUGAGCAAGAGUUUGGAAACUUGCAAGGUGACAACUUCGUCGGCCUUCGUCAAGAGAGCACAAAGAUCAGAAGAUUUUGGUAUCGCUUUCCGACUGGGGAGAGCGGUGCUGAUGUCUAUGACAGAACCAGACAGUGGUGGGAUUCGAUGAUGGAUAGACACCUGAUGGAACAAAGCGGGGCCAGCUCCAUUAUAGUUGUUACCCACGGAUUGACCAUGCGGCUCAUCUUGAUGCAGCUAUUCCACUGGUCGCCCAACACCUUUCACACCGUUUGGAAUCCCGACAACUGUGCGAUGUAUGUUCUGCAGAAGAACAUGUCGAGCUCAGCUCAUUAUCCUUAUUUCGUUGAUGAAGCAGAGGGCGACCGCAUAAUGUCUUCUAUCGAUCUUGUUGUCACGUUUCAAGACAACUCGACGAAGCAGUUGACGAUGGUCGAUUAUCUGUCCAUUCCACCGCCACGUACUCUUCAACUUCCGGCGGUCAAGCAGCUCCUCGCUGAGCAGUUUGGCUUUGACCCUCUCGAUAUCAAGGGCAUUGACUUCUACAACGGAAUCUUUCAGCGCUUCAAGCUGCCUCCAAGCAUACAGGACGUCGCCGCAACAGCGAGGCCGAGCUGUGAGCCCGCGGGCCUACCUCACACAGAUCAAGUGCGAGGAAUGAUUUCCAGCGCACUCCAUACAGCAGAUGGCAAGGUUUGGCGAGUGGUCCAAAAGGUGAUUGACCGGCGGGAGGCUUGGCCACGGCUCGCCAAGGAGAAUGCGGGCAUGCUGCUUGUCGCAGCACAAGGUGCGCAUGGGAGCAUACGAGCGACCCCUCACACUGGCUUCUUCUGGGGAAGUCGUGAUUUCCUCUACUUGGUCUGCCGAUAUAUACGAGCCAGGCCUGAGAUCUUCGACGCGAUGGUAACGGCCAUGUUUGAAGAGGUGUACAGCAUGGACCCCGAGUUACCAGCUGAGGUGAUUGAUGCGGUCUUUAAGGAGCUGCUGGUCCACGAGGGCCUCACGUUUGCACAAUGCGAGCACGUGAUUGACAAGCUGAUGCAACGAGGAGAGCAGAUCGAGUAUCUUUUCCACGAGUGGUCUGGCGUGUUUCCGGCACUGCCUGCAGCUGCGCGACAGGCUCUGGCCAAGGGCCUCUUGCCCUCGGUCGGUCGCUGUCCCCAUGCUGCACUGGACUUUGUUCUAAAGGAGCUGGAUGCCUUACCGCAGCCGGAAGGCCACCGCAACGACUUUAGCAUCGACUCUACCGUCAAUCGGUUAGUUACCGUUUCCUCUCGUGUCUGCCGGCGGACCCAUUUUUCGGUAUCGUCGAAAGUUGAGUAA